AUGGCGAUCCAAAAGAAGCACGGAAAGGGUCGUCUCGACAAAUGGUACAAGCUUGCGAAGGAGAAGGGCUACCGCGCCCGUGCCGCCUUCAAGCUUAUCCAGCUCAACAAGAAGUACAACUUCCUUGAGAAGAGCAGGGUCUUGAUUGAUCUUUGCGCUGCCCCAGGAUCAUGGUGUCAGGUCGCCGCGGAGGUUAUGCCUCCGAACAGUCUCAUCGUCGGUGUCGAUUUGGCCCCGAUCAAGCCUAUUCCCAGAUGUAUUACCUUCCAGAGCGAUAUCACCACCGACAAAUGCCGUGCAACUCUCAGACAACACCUGAAGACCAUGAAGGCAGAUGCUGUGCUGCACGACGGUGCCCCCAACGUCGGUACUGCCUGGGUUCAGGAUGCCUUCACUCAGGCAGAGUUGACCCUGCAGUCCAUGAAGCUCGCGACUGAGUUCUUGCGCGAGGGUGGUACUUUCGUUACCAAGGUCUUCCGCUCCAAGGAUUACAACUCCCUGGUCUGGGUUUUCAACCAGCUUUUCGAGAAGGUCGAGGCCACCAAGCCCCCGUCGUCCCGUAACGUCUCUGCCGAAAUUUUCGUCGUUUGCAGGGGCUUCAAGGCACCCAAGUACCUCGACCCCAAGUUCGUCGACCCCCGCCAUGUCUUCGCCGAACUCGCCGCCCCGACUCCGAACAACGAGGCCAAGGUCUUCAACCCUGAGGUCAAGAAGAGGAAGCGUGACGGUUACGAGGAGGGUGAUUACACUCAGUACCACGAAGCGACCGUUAGCGAGUUCAUCCAGACCACCGACCCAAUCGCCAUGCUCGGCUCAAUGAACAAACUCACCUUUGAGCAAACGCCCAACGGAGACAUCGCUCAGGCCACAAUCGACAAGCACCCGGAGACUACCGAUGAGAUCCGAGCAUGCUGCAACGACCUCAAGGUUCUGGGAAGGGCCGACUUCAAGCGUCUGCUCAGGUGGCGUUUGAAGCUCCGCGAAAUUUUCGGUUUCUCCGCGAAGGCAAAGGCCGCAAAGGCAGCUGAGAAGGAGGAAGAAGUGGCCGAGAUCGAGCCGAUGGACGAGGAACUGCAGGUUCAGGAAGAACUGCAGCGCAUGAGGGACCAGGAGAACUCCAAGAGGAGAAAGGAGAGGCGAAAGGAAAACGAGCGGAAGCAGAAAGAGAUUCAGCGCCUGCAGUUGCACAUGACGACCCCUAUGGACAUUGGAAUGGAACAGGUCGGCCCUAAUGGCGAGGAUGCCAUGUUCCAGCUCAAGGCUGUCGACAAGGCCGGCGCACUCAGCAGGAUUGCAAAGGGAAGGAUGACGGUCGUGGAUGAUAAGCCGAAGGAAGUUGAGGAAUCUGAGGACGAGGACAGCGAUCCCGAAGCCGACCGUCUGGAAGCAGAGCUCGAUACAAUGUACGACCAGUACCAGGAGCGGAAGGUUGCGUCCGACGCAAAGUAUCGUGCGAAGAAGGCUCGGAAGGACAGGGAGGAUAACGAUGAUGAAUUCGAAGGCUUCUCGGACGACGACAAGGCGGAGAGUAGCGACGAUGAAAUCAUGGAAGAAGAUACCGAUAUGUCCUCUGAUGACGAAGAUGGGCCUCAGACCCUAGUCACGGACCUUGCACCAAAGGGAAAGACGGCAGAUGGUCUGACGAGAAGAGCAGCAAUGUUCUUCGACCAGGAUAUCUUCAAGGGCAUAGAUGGCUUGGACAUUGCAGAAGACGAAGACAGCGGCAUUGAUGUCAAGGAGAAAUCUUCAGCUGAGAAGUCCAAGGAAAAGACGUCGAAGAAGCAGGUCAAGGUUCAAGAGCCAGAGCAGCAAGAAGAGGCCUCUGAGGAGGAAUCCGAGGAGGCAUCCGAGGACGAAUGGUCUGACGACGACGAGGCGAAGGGCGGCUUCGAAGUUGUAAAACGCGACGAAAGCCAGUGGGAUAAGGACGACGUGCCCAUGAAGAACGGCCGACCCGAUAUCGACAUUAUUACCGCCGAGGCCAUGACUCUUGCUCAGCAGCUCGCAACCGGCAAGAAGACGAAACAAGAGCUUCUAGAUGACAACUUUAACCGCUACUCUCUCCGCGACGUUGACGGCUUGCCUGACUGGUUCCUGGAUGAUGAGAACAAGCACUCCAAGCUCCAACGGCCCAUCACUGCGGCCGCGGCUGCAGCCAUCAAAGAGAAGCAGCGUGCCUUGAACGCUCGUCCUAUCAAGAAGGUCGCGGAAGCCAAGGCCCGCAAGAAGUUCAAGGCGGCUCAGCGUCUUGAGAAGAUGAAGAAGAAGAGUGCUCUCCUUGUUGAGGACGAGGGCAUGACGGAGAAGGAGAAGGCAACGAGCAUCGCCAAGUUGAUGAGCAAGGCGGCGAAGAAGAAGCCGAGAAAGAAGGUUGCCGUCGUCGUUGCUAGUGGAAGCAACAGGGGUCUCAAGGGCAGACCGAAGGGCACGAAGGGCAAGUACAAGAUGGUGGACGCAAGAUUGAAGAAGGAUGUGAGGGCGCAGAAGAGGAUUGCGAAGAAGCAAAAGAAAUAA